ACUUGCCUUUGUAACCUUUCCUUUGAAACUCCGGAAACGCUGCCUGUGAUCCACCACUUUUGCCAUGUACUGUCCCUGUAAUUCUUUGCCACGUUGUAUCCCGUGAGCCUUUGCGCCCUCUGACCCCACUGUAUCCCACCGUGCCCUGCGCUUUCCGGCUGCCGGGGCUCACGGCCACGCCUCUUCCGGCGCAUGCGCGACCAUGGCGCAGGGGCAGCACAAGUUCCAGGCGCGGAAGCCGGCGAAGAGCAAGGCGGCGGCGGCGGCGGCGGCUUCCGAGCGGAACCGGGGCCCGAGGAAGGGCGGCCGUGUCAUCGCCCCCAAAAAGGCGCGCAUCGUGCAGCAGCGGAAGCUCAGGAAGGACCUGGAGGUCGGGAUCCGGAAGAAGAUCGAGCAUGAUGUGGUGAUGAAAGCCAGCUCCAGCCUGCCCAAGAAGCUGGCGCUGCUGAAGGCCCCCGCCAAGAAGAAGGAGGCAGCCUCCUCCUCCAAGACGCCUUCCUGAGGACAGCAGCCCAGGGAAGACCAUGCGCACUGUGGGGAGCAGGAGCCAUGCGCCCCAGAGCCUCAGGUGGCACUUCGAGCUUCACUGGGCCGGCCCUUGCGCCGGUGACCAAGCAGCAGGUCCAUAGAGUGCCUGGAACUCAGCAGAGGCCAGAGGGGACCAGCACCAGCUCCCGCGGCCCCCUCCCCUCUCCAGGUCCUGUCUCCACAGUUUCAGCCUGAACAAUAAACCGGACUCUCCCUC